CAACAUAAUGUUGAAAUGAGGAAAGACGUUCAUACCGACGAAUGGCACAUAAACAUGAUUUCACAGACUCCUAAAUUCCCACCUUACCGGCUUUUUCUGCCAUUUUUUAUUUGUCCAGUGGCAAUGUUUUGUUUGUAUUCCACCGCCAUCAACCUAACAAAGAAUCGUCGUGAAAAAGCCCACCAAGCCGCUGAUAACCGAAAAAAAUCGGGACUAUCCUUCCAACAAUGGCAUCAGUCCAAGACAGUGAGUAACCAAAAAAUCAAGUUCCAGGCCCCAAACCCGCCCUUGCGAGGAUUGAAAUUAAAACGAGAGUCCUGCGAUACGUGGAGCACACGAGAACAGCUGUGCCUGGCGUCAAGUGUUCUAAAAUCCGGUGACCAGAAUUGGAUAUCAGUGUCCAGGUCCCUGCGCCCGUUCGCCGAGAAGGAGGCUCUGCGGCCGCCAGAUUGGUUCUCCCAGAAGUCCUGUGCAAUUCAGUACGCGAUUCUUCUGGAGAACGCAGACACGCCAAAGCGAAAGAAAAGAGAGAGUGGCGAGACAACGGGCGAGUCGAUAGUUCGCCGGCUGACGCAGGAGAGAAUAACAGAACUGGGUCAGAUCUUAGCUUUCCAGAGGGACGAGUAUCAGCAGUUGAAGCACGAAGUGAAUCUCCUCCGAUCAGGUAAUAUUUCAGAUGAAAAACUCCAGAAAAUGUGGCAGGCGAUUGAGCAGGAGGAGAGAGAAGCAGAGCAAAAAGCAAAAGCACAUACAGACUGGCUGGCAAAACGUCAGCAAAAAAGUGAGGUUUCUGCUCAGAGCACCUCCAGAAAGAGCCUGGAGGCGCCAUCAGACGUGCCAGAGCUCCAGGAGCUCCAGCCAGAGACAGAGGAGGACCGAAAGAACCGAGGUGGACGUUCCCCCCUGCUGACGAGCCUAUUGAAGUCCCCUAGUCCCACCACACAGAUCCAGAAUCCUCCUUCAACAGCCCAAACCACAUCCCCGACAAUUGCAAGCCUGUUGGGGGGAAAUCCAAAAAAUCCAGCUCCCCAGAUGUCUACAACAUCUGCCACCCAGCUCCAUCACUUCAUCACAUCGACCCUGGCACCAUCAGUAUCGGAACGACCCUCUGCUGGGGCCCCCACACUUUCCAUGCUUCUGGAAUUACCUUCCAAUCUUCCUAGGGGGAGCAUAACUAAUCAGACUUCGUUAACAGACUCUGGAAGAACAAAGCUCACGAAUCAUGUAGCGAGUCCAAUUCCAACACCAAGUCCAGCGGAGGAGAACAUGGUUCAGAUCAUCGAUAACAUUGAUGAAGUCAUUGGUAAAGAUAAGCUCCCGGAGGUGAUAGAUAAGGACGAGAUCAAUGAGAUCAUCGGGGACAUUGAGGAGCUGAUUAAGGAGGAGAUCACGAAGAGUCCUGGGGAUGGAGCUGGAAUUAUAGAGACAAUUUCUGCUCCUGUGGAGGAGAGUAAAACUGGGAGGGAUGUGGAGUUGACGGUGUCUUCUAGCUCCCCUCCGGGUGAGGAGGUUGGGGAGAUUGACCAGAACAGUUCCAGCAUUGCUGAGAUCAUUGGAACAGCUGUUGAGGAAGAGAAAGUGGCUGAGGGAGAGGGAAAGACUGAGGAGGAGAGUAUGGAGGUGGAGGAGGAGAUUGACAAAGGGGAAGAAAAAGAGGAAAAAGUCGAGGAGGCUGAGGAGAAGGUGGAGGAGAAUAAAGGAAAUAGUGAGUCUGAGGAAGGUCAGGAUGGGAAUAAAGAUGAGGAGAAGUCUCCGGUGGCAGAUCCCGAGGGAGAGGGAGAGAAAGAAGAAAAGGUGGAGGAGGAUGAUAAGAAAAAUGAAGAGGGAGAGGAGAAGAGUGCUGAGGAGCCAAAGGGGGAGCCUGAGGAGAGCAGCAAACCUGAAGACGAUAAAACAGGGGACCAAAGGGAGGAUAAGGCAGGGGAGGAAAAGGAGGAAAAAGAGGAGAAGGAGGAGAAAGAUAAGUGUGACGAAUCUGAGGAGAAGGUGGACCCGAUUGAAGACAGUGAAGAGCCUUCAAAGGAACCUGAAAACGAAGAAGUGGAGAAAUCUGCGGUUAAGGAGGAAGCCCCUCAGGAAUCUGAAGAGAAGUCUGAUGCAGUUGAGGAAAGCCAGGAGGAGAAAACUGAUGACAAGUCUGAGAAGUCUGAGGAUCAGGAGCCGGUGCAAAAUCCCCCAGAUGUCAAUGGAGCUGGUCAAAAUGAAACGACUCCUGAUGCUGAAGAAUCGAAGGAGACUGAGGAAUCCAAAGAGCCUCGGGAGGCCUCCAAAUCCCCUGUGAUCCCAAAGGAGAAAAUAGAUGUGAAGGAGGAAGAAUCGAAGGGACCUGAGGAACAAUCCCCCAAGACCGAAGUGGAUGAGGAGCUGGAGGCCCCAGUGCUGCCGAGUGAGCUUGAAGAGCUCCCUCUGGAUAAACGAGGGAAGGAGGAGGAGGACGAGGCAGAGGCGGAACAUGAAGAAGAAGAGGAAGAGGAGAAGAAGGACCCGAAAGUGGAGGUGAAGAUCGAGCGACAGGAGGAGGAGGAGAAGACAGAGGCUGGUAAUUCUGUGAAGGACGAGCCCAUGGAGAAGUCAGACAAGCCAGAGACUGACGAGAAACCUGAGAAAGAGUCGAAGGGUGAGGACGAGAUCAAGAAGGAGGAGAUCAGUGCUGCUGAUGAUACAGACGUCGACGAGGAAGAGUCCUCACUGGCCAAACUUCCGGCUGGCCGAGCAAUGAAAACGUACUCCAAGAAGCAGAAUGUCGUUGUUGACAGUGAACCUGAGACUGAGACCAGUGAUACUGCUGAGUACAAGAUUUGGAAGAAGUCGAUACUCCUGCAUUACAGUCGUUUGGCCACUCACAAGUAUGCUUCGUUGUUCCUGAGGCCUAUCACUGAGGAUCAGGCGCCUGGGUAUCACUCGGUGGUAUUCAGGCCCAUGGAUCUGUCGACUAUUAAGAAGAAUAUCGACAAUGGUACCCUUAGGACCAAUAUGCAGUUUCAGAGGGAUGUUAUGCUCAUGUUCCAGAAUGCUAUUAUGUAUAAUAAGUCGGAUAGCUUUGUUUAUAAGAUGGCGGUUUCAAUGCAGGAGGAGUGUCUUCAGAGCAUGCAGAUUCUGGUCGAAGCAACGGGCGAAGGAGCCUUCAGACGAGAGACUAGAACUGCCACGAACAGCAGUUGUGAGAGCAGUGACAGCAGUAUCCUAAAACGCAAACGAAGCCUAAUUACUCCGAGUCCUCUCGAAACCGAGAGUCCGAGAAUGAAGAAGCGAAGAAAAUCGGAAAACGAUUAGAUUGAGAAAGUUUAAACUCCCAGUUCCUUGUACAGAUUCAUUCGAUUCAUCCAGGUGACGAGACAACUCGCCUCUCCAUUAUUUUCUAUUGUUUUUUUUUUAUUUGAAUAUGGCGGGCACUGAGUGACGCAUUUGGUUGUAAAAAUAACCAUAAAAUUAUCAAGUUUUCGGUUCUUUUUUGUAUAAAAAUACAGUUAAGUUGUAAAAAGAGCUAUUUAUUGAGGAGAUUUGACGAUGAACUGUGACUGGGGAGAUUCGCAGGGAUUAUUUGCCGAGGAGGAGGGAAAUUGUAUUUCUACUCAGGGACAGAGGAGUCCCUCGGAAUAUUCUGUGAGAUUUCUCGUUGAGUCUAUUCAAUAAAAAUUAUUUCAUAGAAGUAAUCAA